UCUCUCUCUCUCUCUCUCUCUCUCUCUCUCUCUCUCUCUCUGUGUGUGUGUGUGUGUGUGUGUGUGUGUGUGUGUGUGUGUGUGUGUGUGUGUGUGUGUGUGUGUUUCUUUUGCUUGUCAUUGAGGAUUACACUUGGUUGCUUAGUUGAUCUCACUACACAAUCGACAUUUACAAGUAUCGUGAAAUGACCGUGCAAUGAAGCAUUACUUUAAUUCUUUAAUUUCAUUCUUAACCGUUUAUGUCAACAAUGCUUACUCAUUCAUGUUUAUUUAUACAUGGGUUACGGAAAUACCAGUUAAUAACUUCACUUUUGUCCGUCCUGUUAAAUAAUCUUUUUAGUUAAGGAUCAACUUAUCAGAUGACCGGACGGAGGUAAUAUGGUAAGCUCGGGACUAUUCUACAGAAGAAGAAAGACUCGUAAGUAUUUCCGAAAUGCGAUCAUUAUCUUGUCUGUCAUUAUAUGCUGGAUUUACGUUUAUUCUGCUGGUUCAUAUGAGACUGACGUCAAGAAAAUUCCAAAAACUGGAUACGAAAAUCUGCACAAACUGGCGCCAAAUACUGAAGAACACACCGUCAACGAAUUAAACGACACUCUGAAAUUCGCAGGAAAUACAGACAUUAUACCGUAUUCUCGUAAACAACAUGGAAUAUUGUUGAAAGUAUGGCCAACCUUGGAUACAAGAGAAGUUCAUAAGAGAAAAUUGAAUUUUAUCCCUCGACAGUACCCAUUAGAAGUGGAUUUUUCUCAAUUGAUUCAGGCUUUACUUAGUGGAAAGAAAGUGGAAAACAAGGCAAUCAAUCCACACCCCUUCAAAUAUGUACAUGUGGCUGCGGAGAUGUGUGCAAACAAAAAGCUGCAAUUGGCAAUUCUUGUCAAAUCCAAAGGAUCGAAUUUCAAAAUGAGACGUGCAAUUCGAAGAACAUGGGGAAAUGUAACAGACAUGGAUACAAUAGUAAUUUUCUUGUUGGGAGACGUGCCUGGAUUGGAAGCCAAUAUCAGUGCUGAAUCGGACUUGUACAAAGACAUCGUUCAAGAAGACUUUAUAGACAGUUACAGCAACAAUACCCUAAAAACGACAAUGGGGUUCAACUGGGCAUCCCGCUUCUGUCCACUUGCCAAAUUCAAUCUUUUUAUUGACGAUGAUGUGUUUCUUAAUUUAGAGAAUGUGCGAAAAUACAUUAGACGGAAAGGGAGACAACUGGGGCUGAUGGCUGGCCAGUUGUUGCGGUUCUCAACCCCCUACAGGGACCAUGGAACGAAAUGGUUUGUGUCGUGGAAGGAUUAUCCAUUUGAUAUUUAUCCACCCUAUUUGGGAGGCUUCUUCAUUCUUACGUCACAGGACGUCACGUGGUACUUAAGUGCCUCUAUUCCUUAUGUAAAACCAAUACCCAUAGACGACGCAUAUAUCGGCAUUGUUGCUGCCAAACUGGGUAUUACGCUUAGGAGUUGCCCAGGUUUGGUGAGACACAUGCCCGGAUUUGCAUCGCAUGCCGCAGUUGAUAUAAACUUCAAGUCAAUUCUUGGGUUCCAUUUGAUAUCUUCGCCAGAAUCUUUACUAGCAACCUGGAAUCUUUAUAAAAAUCGCAACAAAGUCGCAUAAAUUAGGAAAACUGUUGUGCUUUACGUUGGGGGGGGGGCGUAAAUUCGUAAAGUAGUAUAUCACUAUUAUAGUGAGAUUCUGCUAUAUUUUCAAUUUAAUUGGCCAGUAAGUAAUUUAUUGAAAUCGAGGCUAUACGAUUGAAAAUAUAGUGACAUACGACUAUUACUAGUAUUGCGGAAUUUACAUGUUCCUCGACCUGUUUGUAAUGUAUAUGAAUGUUUUGUUGGUAGUUAGAUAAUUCGUUGAAAUACAAGGCAAUUUAACACACACUUUAUUAUACCUACAUUCAACUACAUGAAAGGUAAAGAUAACGAACAGUGAUCAAUCUCAUAACUCCUAUAAGCAAUACAAAAUAGGGAGUUGGGCAAACACGAACCCCUGGACACACCAGAGGUGGGAUCGGGUGUUUAAGAGGAGUAAGCAUCCCCUGUCGACCGGUCACACCCGCCGUAAGCCCUAUAUCUGGAUCAGGUAAACGGAGUAAAACGUAGUCAAAAUCAGUGUGCCAUGCCAAGAACGGUCCAACUAUCGGUAUGUAACACGUCAGACAGCAUUUGACCCAAUGAUAGGUUGUACAUGUAUUGGCAAACAAGAUAGUUAUAAUAAUCAUAGAAUUUGUGAAAUGCUGACUUUAAACGAGACUGUGAAAUCCCUGCACCAUCAACUUGUUUGUCAGUAGCCUGACUCGAUUUAAAAUGAUCAUACGCAGAACAAGCUCUUGCGUAUCGAAUCAGUUGAGAUAUAUACACACCAUAGGUAGGUGAUAAUGGAAUACUGCUACACAAAUAUGGGAAGUGGACGAUGGAGAAGCUGAAAUCAUCCUGUUUGUCAUAAAGUUGAGUUGUUAGUUUGCCGUUAAUAUCUAUUUUCAAUAAAAUAUCUAAGUACGAAACAGACUUGGACGACUCUGGUGUCCUUUAUUUCGAGUUCACAGGGAUAUGUCAAAUGAAAAUGAUUAUUGUUAAUAGAUAAAACGUCUUCGAUAUAUCUAAAUAUCGAAAUGAAGCCCACAGCUAGAGAAUUUUCAUCUCACGUAGAAGUUUUUGAAUAAAUUCUGCUUCAUAAGAAUAUAUAAACAAGUAAGCUAACAAAGGAGCACAAUUCAUGCCCAUGUAAAUUCCAACAGACUGUUGGAAGACCUGAUUACCAAAGACUACGAAGAUAUUGUCAAUGAGGAACUCCAGCAUGUUUUUUAUUUUUUUAUUUCAAACUUCAGAGUACUUGUGUGUGGAAUCAGAGUAAUAUUUAAGAUAGUAAUUUUGGAUGACUGAUCACUAGAUAUGAAUAUGCCAGUUUUCCAUUUUUGUUAAAUAAACAACUGUCGAUGAUGUCAAAACGGCUAGUCUUUAUCUUGAAGAAAGGUCUAGUAAAGUGUUGAAAAAUCA